AAUCAUCUAAACUUAUAUUUGAUAUAGUUUCCACGCACAUACGAAGGAAUACCUUAUUAUCCACUACAUCAACUUCACACCUUGGAUAUGAGGAAUCUGCUUCAAUUUACGACAUUUAUUUUCAUAGUUUGUAUGUGCAUUGCAGGGAGUGCGGAGAGCUAUAUGUUGAAUUAUGCGGAGCACUACUGCAGCCCCCUCGCGAUUGGAAAAGAUAGGCCGUUAGGCAGGCUGAGAAAACACAUCCUUGAGCACGUGGUUCAAGAUAAAUUUCAUCCUGGAUUUCGAAGACAUCAUGUUACAUGUACGAAACGGACUGAGGAUGGAUACACAAUGUGGGCCCGAGCUCAAUGCGGUGAACCACACACCAUGAAUUGCCUUAAAUGUCUUGUAGGUGGUAUCAUCUACUUAGACAAAAAUUGCUUGUGGUUUAGCGGUGGACGUGUUAAAGAAGAUAGGGGGUAUUGUGCCCUACAAUUUGCUGAUUAUGAUAUUUGUGCUCAGUAAUUAUAGGUAGAUUAUAAGUAUCUACCCAAUAAUCAAUUUAUGGUUAUAGAUUAGGGAGAAUAAUUUUAUCCGAUUGUACUUAGUUAGUGCACGGUGUUAGUCAUUUAGACAUAAAUCCAGCUUUUGUGGUGUAUCGUCGUUAAUAUUUUGCAAGUUACAAGAAAUUAAUAUGACUCGUGUGAAAUUUUUCAGACCUGUAAUCUCCGUCCUAGCUCCACGUAUGGAAGUUAAUUUGCUGGAGAUUGAAAUUCCAUUAAAUGUUAAAAUAAAUUAAUGCUAGUAUUACUUUUUUUAGUUCUUCCAUUUUUACAAUGCCGAGAGUUAAAAUAAUUGCUAUAACUAGUAUUAGCUAGUUUUCAUACCUCUCUAUUUCCUAGGAAAGCUACCCUGGAAGCUAAUUUGGGAUCAAUGCCAUUUAUUCUCCCUUCUUUAAGAGUGAUCGCACAUCUCGCCUUAUAAGGAUCUGGCUUGAUAAUUGAUUAUGCCUUGAUUUUAGACCUCCUAUGAGCUAUUAUUGAUUCAAAAUAUAUAGAAUUAUUAUGAUUUUAGGGGUCCAACUUCCACUGAAAUAUAAAUUUUUCAUGCAGUUAUGUCUGAAGGGUUCAUACGAUAAUUAAUUAUGCCUUUCCUGCUCUCUUACUUCCCAGUAGCUUAAAUUUACUCUUUUGCACCUACUUUACAUUUCGAACUCCUAAGUUCUGCAAAACCGGAGGAAUGUCAACCUCACAAAUCGACCUCUUCUUCAAUAGAACUGUACAUCUUGAGGGAAUACGAUCCUAGCAUUAGGGCCAAGUACAUUUGGUUUACACUACAUGACAUAUCAAAUUUAGGUGCCAUUGUCGAGGACAUCUCGCGAACUUUGAAAAAGAGAAAGAGGCGCAUUUUAUCUCCUGUUUCCCACUAUUGUCACCUCAAGGUAAAUAGGCACCAGAAGCGGCAAUUUCCUUCCCGUGUUUGAUACUCGGGCGCCUAAUUUCUGGAAGGUCUUUCUGCUUCCAGAAGUUUAUCUAUGUCAAGUGCAUGAUCCUAUCACAAAUCAGGGUCGAAGUCAAGAAUCUUAGACAUAAAAGAUUUGCCCAAGGUCGUGAUUAUAGGAGUGGUACUUCUGAUUCAUUAGAUCCAAAGGCACCACCUCAAAGAAAAGAAAGGGGAAGAAUAGGUUGCUUACUGCUCUUCGUUCAAAUCCCCUCUUAGACGAAGUUUCAAGUGUAGAGAGUAACACCUCUCCCUUUGAACCCCCAUCACCUAGAGGCAUGGAGGAAUGAACUCUCUGCGAGUAUACGUGGCCUAAAGUUGUGAACUUCGGUUCCAACAUCAUCUUGCCUAAGGUCAACAUGUCUAAUUUUGAGCUGCGCACUUCAAUGAUCCACAUGGUCUGGUAUGUUCGACAUUUUGAGGUCCUCGAUAACGAGAAUCCGGUCAAAUGUAUCAAAAUGUUUAUGGAAAUAUGUGAUUCUUCACAUAAGCUAGGAAUGUAGGCUGACACAAUAUGGCUACGUCUCUUACCUUUCUCUCUUACGAGGAGACCAAAGAGCUGCCUAUCUUGCCAACCACAAGGAACAUUCUGUGUGUGAGAUGCAUUGGUCAAAGCUUUAAUUGAAAUGUUUUUCCCUCGAUUGGACACUGACAAUCUUAGGGACCAAAUUGCUCGAUUCAAACAACAACAUCAAGAGUAGUUGUACGAAGCAUGUAAGCAUUAUCAAGGUCUACUGUGUGCUUGCGCACAUCAUUGGUUCGCAGAAGAACAAGUAGCCGACAUCUUUGGCAAGGCCCUCAAUCUAAACACCAUGAUGAUGAUGAAUCAAGAGGCAGACAGUGAUGUGUCUGAAAUGACCGCAGAACCUGCUUUCCAGCAUUAUGCGUCGAUGGCUGCCAAGUCUAGAAACUGGUCGAGGAGAAAUGCUCUUGUGACAUUGAAAAUGGUACAAGAUCCAUAUGACUUUCUCGCCAGAGCAAAACAAGUUGUUGUCGUAGCUAAGGAGGUGCAAGCACUCAAUAUGAGUAGAAACACCCUUGUCGCGCAACUCUUCCUUUGCGAGUAAUGCGGCGAGGAUGGUCAUGAUGGGUACAAUUGUGGGACUAUAGGAGUCCUUUAAACGAGUUGGUCGAUUUCAAAAAUACCUUUUAUCCUCAAACAUGGGACUUUAAUCGCCCCAACUUUAGGUAUCAGAACUAACUACCUCCCAAUUCCUCAAACGCCUAUAGGAGCUUCGAAAAUCACCCUUCAGGCGAUUAUCAAACUUGGAGACAGCUUCUGACAGGAUAAUGGCCCCUCCCAGGAAGAUAAAAGUCUACCGACUACCCAAAAAUAACAUCCAUCAAUGCAUCGUAUCUUCAUGACACGAAGUGGGAGGGUCGAGCUCCAGAUUGGAAAAGGAAAUUAAAUCCUACACCACCAGGAUUCGAUAGACACCCUCAAUUCAGAGAGAACAACACACCUCCUGAAGUCUUGGAACAAUUAACAAUUGAUGAGCUAUGUACAUACAUUCGAGGCGAGGAGGUGACUCUUAAAAACAUGGAGUGUGAAUUAGCUUCCCUUCUGGAGCUUGAAAAGACCCAAUAGACAGCCAUAACCUUCCAAGCAACACGGAAAACAAUCCUAAAGAACAGGUUGGGCACUCGAGGUCGAACCAUCUGGUUCAAGCCACGUCCCAAUAGUGGAAAAGGGUAGAAACUUAGAGGAUACAAAGCUGGAAGCAAAGGUGGGCAUUUCUUGCAUAUCUGAAACGCCGCCGUAGGCACUCCUUUUGGGCUAAAAUUGGCACCACCUGGGCCUAUUUUUAGGCACCCAAAAAAGACACCAGAAGCCAGGUCCUUGAAUGUUUUGGAGUCCUCAAGGUUGCAUGGGCAUAAUAUGAGGUUGUCUUGAUCAAUAAGGUCUGCCAAGGGGAACUCAAGUUAGUUGACACUCGUGCAUAAGUUCUUCUCUUUGCUUGUUACAAGUUUCCAAGUCCUAUUUUGGGGACAAAAGCAAUCAAAUAAUGAAACCGCUUACGUGGCAACCAUCUUGCAUGUGGAUGAGGCAAGCACAAACCAGCAGAACUCCUACAAGGAGUAUCUCACACAACCUCAUCAUGAAAAUGAAUCGAUAGCCCUAUGAAACCCCUCUUAGGCACCUUCUUCACAAAGAAGAAAGAAGAAAUAAAUUUUAUCACUCAUAAAGGUGAGGAGUACUUUCUCUACUUGGGAAUGACCCCUCCCAAUCGUAAACAUGUGUAUGAGCAUUUCAGCGAGGAGGUCAAACUCCAAUGGCAGUUAGCGCGAGGACCAGUCCUUAUCAUAGAUGGAUUGAUGUCCCCACCAGCAAAAUCAUUUCAAUCACACGGAAUGAGGCACCAUUUCCAACCCUCCUAAUGAUGUUUCUGAAACUGACCAGAGGGUACUUAAUGAGUUCAUUUUUGUUGUAGGAGGGGAAACACCUGCCAUACUAACGCUAGAAUCCCUUACAGAGAUAUAUGAUCCCCAAAGGGAAGUAGGGCGACUUCAUGAGCAAACUCACAAGCUUAUGAAAGAAGACAUACCUUCCCACAUGCAACUCUUAGUACUACGAAUGUUACCCGAUUCGGGUCAAUUUGUAAUCCCAUGUACUCUCAAUGAUCAUCAUGAAAUGAGAGCACUUAUCGAUCUAGGGUCUAAUCUUAACAUUAUGCUCUUUAACAUCUUUAGGUCACUUGACAUAUACAAACUAGAGAUCACAAACAGGUUCAUUUCCUUGGCCGACAAUUCAGUUUGUCAACCAUUAGUUAAGGUGAGGGAUUUGAAGGUGGAGAUAGGACCCUUUGUAUUCUCUCUCGACUUUGUAGUACUCGACAUGCAUAGGGAUAUAGACUACUUUAUCCUCUUUGGAAGACCCUUCCUAGCCACUUUUGGCUCAUUGAUCGAUGUUCUUAAACAUAAACUUGCAAUGAGAAUCGCCAAAGAGGAUUAUACUAUCCAGAUGAUUACUCCGAAAGACAAGAAGGAGGAAUACGAUCGAUAAUCAAGAUCUACCAUCAUAGAAUCUGAUUGAGAGAAAGCUACUGGAACCUUGCGAAGAUCACGCCCUUCUUGCCCACUUCAUGGUCCGAGCCCGUGAUCUUCACCUCCAGGUCGUGAUCUUUGCAUUUCCUUCACUCUUUGGCUUGUUUUGACCUCCAAAUAUCCCGAAACUCAUCCCCUACCUUUCCACACGUACUAAGUCGUCAAAUGUAACAAAAGAUCACAACCUAGCAUAAAAUAGGUCGGGAGCAACGAUUACCAAGGAAAACAAUCAAGACAUGAAGGGGUAAAUAUGUAUAAAUACGUCCAAAUCAGUUACACUAGGGCUCUAGUAACGAGUCAAGCCCUACACUGGAGUCCAAACGACCGGUUCUUUAAUAAUUAUAUAUAUUUAUAUUCUUUUAUAAGAUUACUUGUGUGCUACACGUGUUCUACACAACUUAUAGUUAAAUUGAAAAUAUUCAUGUUGUUAUGUCUCAAGGUUUGUAUUGCCCACACUCAUCAAGUUUGAUUUUCUUGUUUGUGACUUUUGUUGCUCUCCUGACCUUAUAGCCUCUGAGGUAUAUGUUUUGGCAGUGGGUCCCUCUACCAUCCGUUAGUUGUAGAACAACUAUCUAUUUUAUUCUCACAUUUCGUUGCUAUUCCCUAAAGGUUGUCUAGAAAAUCACUCAAAGAUGGUGAUCCUUGAGCUUCGCCAAGGAGUGGUAGUUGAUUUGUUAGGAGAGCCCCUCUCAUGGGGUUCUUUUUUCUCUUCUUUUUUGGUAAUAUAGCUUUGAGGGCAUU